AUGACAAACCAACCAGUUUCACGACAGCCUGCAACAACAAGCGAUCUUUAUCCCUAUAAAGAAAGUUGGCAAAACACUCUUUUCGGCUCAUUUAAACCUUGCCCGCGAUCGGCUUACGCAUGUUUCUGUGCUCUGUGCUAUGCGGCUCAAUUAACUGAUCGUGUCGGUGAUCAUACGCUGACAUGCUGCCUCAAUCCAUGUUCGUUAACAGCAGUGCGAACAAAAGUUCGAGCAACUUAUAAGAUUAAAGGAAGUUUAAUAGAAGAUUGUUGUGUAUCAGCAUGCUGUACGUGCCCUUGUUCUGCAAUGCAAAUCGAGCAUGAACUCAAUUAUCGUGGUGUUCCUGAAAAACGCAUAAAAUAG